UUUAUUCUGAAAUCAGACCGGAACAUUUGUGUGUAUUUCCUGUCAAAUAUGUUACACCGGAAGAGCCCAUAGGUUCGGACUGCGACCGGUCCAUAGCUUCUCCUGUCUGGGGACCCAAAGGCUGGGAAGCAAGACGCAGUCGCAGACGUGACAGAAACGGGGCCAAGAUGGAUUCGUAGAGCAGGUCACCUGCUGGACACACCAUGUCAGCGGCUCAGAUGGAGAAGGAGGCUGGCGAGGCCUGCUGGGGGGCCCUUGAGGGUCUGGGCCUCAGUCAGAAGGAGCUGGUCCUCGCUGAAGCCCUGCAGAUGGAGUAUGACGCCCUCUCGAGGCUGAAGCAGGACUGCAGUGGACCUGCCGGGAUGACCAGUGACCGACCCGGGUCCACAGUAAGCCACUCAGAACCAACAGAAGUAAACCCAGUUACUCGAGCUGAGCCUGCAGAGAACCGACUGGAAGGCCCCUCUCGUGACCCUCCUCUAGAGGGCAGGGCUCGGGAGCCCAUGUACAUCCUGCCCUCAUGUGACCUCAGCAAGUUGGGCGACCCGCCUGAAUCAUCCCAUCUACCCGACACUCCCCCCCCAGACCUCACCCCUCCUGCCAUCCCUCCCAGGAUCCCACUGGGCAAAAACCCGCCGCCUCUGCCCCGUGGUCCCACACCAGUUCUUGACGUCAAUCUUUUCACCCCUGACAAAGACCCUCCCAAAGUCCAGUCCGAUGUCAUCAACUACUCACUGUCCCGUAACAACGCGGAGCAUUCCGGGAAGCCUGUGGGUCGGAGUCAGACCCUGCCCCCCCAGAUCCCGCCCAGGACCUACCUCCCUGUUAACAAGAGCAACAGAAACCAGCGCAGGGCAUCAGUCGACCCAGUUAGAUCAGAACCACGUGUGUCACACCGAGGCAACGGAUUUGCAUACCAGCUCUUCCAGGUUUCUGAAGAACGAGACGAAGAGGUGGCUGCAUUCUGUCACAUGCUGGACAUCCUGCGCUCAGCGUUCCCUUACAACGACCCAUCCACGAACUCUGGUUUGAUCUGGGCUGCCGGUGGGGAUGAAGGUCAACUGGGGGUGCACUCCCCCGUGAAGGUGUCGGUGGUCAGCGAGCACUUCAGCGAGCCGUUGACUUUCACGUGCGACGGCUCCUCCACUGUGGAUCUGCUCAUCUACCAGACUCUGUGCUACGCUCAGGAUGACCUGGACCACGUGGAUGUCAGUCAGUACCUGCUGAAGGUGUGCGGAUACCACAAGUUCCUCCACAACUCUCAGACUCUUGGAACACUGGAAUUUGUCCAGCAGUGUUUAAAGUUUGACUGCGAUGUUCACCUGUUUUUGACGAAGAGAUCAUCAGUCAUCAGGGAGCUGUCACGCACGGAAGAUGAUGAUGCAACGGCAUCCACCAUGAACCACAACAUUCUGCUGCAGGAGCGACCAAUCAGACAGACUGUGACCAGGGAGGCAUUGACACUUUUGCUGGACACUUUUUACACUGAAGCCGAGUCCUUCCUGCUGUCUGAGGCAGAGCUGCCGCUGCAUGUGGAGCGUCUGGUUCAGUCUGUUAAAGCUCUGUGCAGCUCGCUCGCUGCCGUGGAGACCCCUGAAGUGACCUCUGCCCUGAGCCAGCUGCCUGCCUGCCCCUGUCGCGUCCAGCCCAGAGUUCUCAAGGACGCGUCGGUGUUGCUCCUGCGUGAAAACCGAGAAAAAGUGGUGGAGAAGUUGACCGCCGCCAUCUUGGAUCUAGUGGAAUUGUACUGCAACACAUUCAAUGCCAACUUCCACACGACCAUGCAGAGCCACUGCAGCACCACGCCGGUGCAGGAGGCCGGCUUGGUCACCAGCGUGCUGUCCUUCAACGUAUAUGCCGCCCACCGGGUCCCGGUCACGUGGGCUGCCAGCUAUGAGGGGUACUUCCUGUCGUGCUCGCUGACCCACGGAGGGGUGGAGCUGUGUGCGCCCCAACAUACCAGCAAGCAGCUGGUCAGCAAAUACCUCUUCCACCUGGUGGUGUGGGACCAGAGGGUGAGUUUCCCUGUCCAGAUCGACCAAUUACCCCGGGAGACUCAGCUGACGGUGACGCUGUAUGCCAGCUCGCUGCUGCCCCCCGUAGGACCUGAAGACAAAGGCAAGCAGCGCCGCAGUGUGGAGACUCUGGGCUGGGUGACGCUGCCGCUCUUCAACUUCAGACAUGUGCUGACCUGUGGCAGGAGGUUACUGGGUCUGUGGCCGUCUGGUUCUGGAGCAUCUGGAAACGCCCGCUCCAGUUCGCCCAACUUCAGCCAGCCGGACAGCGUCAUUUUGCAGGUGGACUUCCCCACCUCGUCCUUCCAGGUGGUCUUCAACACUCCUCCAGCAGCAGACUUCUGUCCUCAGUACGACUUUGCCAGACUGGACACUGUCACUCAGACACAGCUGGAUAAAGUUCUGACCCACAAGUCCUUGUUCUGGUUGACUGUGGAGGAGAAGCGUCUCUUGUGGGAGAAGAGGUGGUUCUGUCGGUCUCAGAGUUCUGCGCUGCCACUGGUUCUUUCCAGCGCUCCCUGCUGGCAGUGGACCUGCCUGCCAGACAUCUAUGCACUACUGAAGCAGUGGAGCCGCCUGGGUCACCUGGAUGCCCUCGGGCUCCUGCACGCCUCUUUUCCUGACCUGGAGUUGAGGAGAACUGCUGUUCAGUGGAUGGACUCGAUCUCAAAUCUGGACCUGCUGGACUUCCUUCCUCAGCUGGUCCAGGCUCUCAAGUACGAGUGCUACCUGGACAGUUCGCUAGUUCGCUUCCUGUUGCGCCGCGCUAUAGCUGAUGUACGCAUCGCCCACUAUCUCUUCUGGCUGCUGAAGGACAACCUGCAGGACAGUCAGUUCAGUGCUCGCUAUCAGCACCUGCUGGCCGCGCUGCUAUGCUGCGUGGGGCGUCAGCUCCGCGACGAGUUUGACCGUCAGAGCUGGCUGGUGUCCGUCCUUGCUAAGGUGUCCCAGAAGGUCCGUGAGGCGGCGCCCUCCAACAGACAGGGUGUCCUCCGGGAGGGACUGGAGGAUGUUAAGGACUUCUUCUCUGUUAAUGAAACCUGCAGGCUGCCUCUAAACCCCACACUGCAGGUUCGGGGAGUCAAUGUCCAGUCGUGCUCCUUCUACAACUCCAAUGCUGUCCCGUUGAGACUCUCCUUCCAGAACGUGGACCCCCUCGGGGACCACGUCAAUGUCAUCUUCAAGUCAGGAGAUGACCUGCGUCAGGACAUGCUGACCUUGCAGAUGAUCCGAAUCAUGAACAAGAUCUGGAUCCAGGAGGGUCUGGACAUGAGGAUGGUCCUCUUCAGGUGCUGCUCCACGGGCAGAGGACGAGGGAUGGUGGAGAUGAUCCCUCACUCUGACACUCUGAGGAGGAUCCAGGUCGAACACGGUGUCACUGGCUCCUUCAAAGAUCGGCCUCUGGCUGACUGGCUGCAGAAACACAACUCAUCUGAAGAGCAGUAUGAGAAGGCAGUGGAAAACUUCAUCUACUCAUGUGCCGGCUGCUGCGUGGCCACCUAUAUCCUGGGAAUCUGCGACCGGCACAACGACAACAUCAUGCUGAAGACCAGCGGCCACAUGUUCCACAUUGACUUUGGAAAGUUCCUCGGCCACGCACAGAUGUUUGGCAACUUCAAAAGAGACCGCGCUCCCUUUGUCUUCACCUCGGACAUGGCCUACGUCAUCAACGGUGGAGACAAGCCGUCCAGCCGCUUCCACGACUUUGUCGACCUUUGCUGUGCGGCGUACAACCUGAUCCGCAAACACACACGACUGUUCCUGAACCUGCUGGGCCUGAUGUUGUCCUGUGGGAUUCCUGAACUUUCCAAUCUUGAUGACCUCAAGUAUGUCCAUGAUGCGCUGAGACCUCAAGAGUCAGAAGCAGACGCCACCAUGUAUUUCACAAGGUUGAUCGAGUCCAGUCUCGGCAGCGUCGCCACCAAGCUCAACUUCUUCAUCCACAAUCUGGCUCAGAUGAAGUUCAUGUCGUCCGAAGAUCGUCCGGCGCUCAGUUUUGCGUCAAAGGUUCACACACUAAAGAGCGAUGGCGCCAUCAGGAGUCUUUACGUUUGUCGACACGUUCGAUCAACCAGUCACAGUCGGGGACACACUUUCAUGGUGAAAGUGGAGCGGGAAGGCCAGCAGGAGGCAGAGCUCAUCCAGAGAACGUUCGAGGAAUUUCAGGAGCUCCACAGUAAAUUAAGACUCAUGUUCCCAUCCAGCAGAUUACCCAGGUACACACAGAAGCACACGUCAGUACAUACACACACAGAAGCUUCAGUCACCGGGUCGCCCCCCCACAGCUUUCCCAGCAGGUUUGUGAUUGGCCGGUCAAGAGGGGAGGCCUCAGCAGAUAGGAGGAGAGAUGAGCUGAAUGGUUACGUGUGGCACCUGAUCCACUCACCCCCAGAGGUGGCAAAGAGUGAUCUGGUCUACACCUUCUUUCAUCCACUAUCCCGGGAUGAGAAACCAGGACCUCCAGCCAUUAAACAAGCUGAGAGCACGUGGUCAGCAGCUGUAGAGAAAGAAAUGGGUGAAGUCAAACUCUCCAUCUCCUACAAGAACGACAAGCUCUUCAUCAUGGUCAUGCACAUCCGAGGACUGCAGCCCCUCCAGGACGGCUCUGAUCCGGACCCGUAUGUGAAGCUCUACUUGCUGCCGGACCCACAGAAGACGAGCAAGAGGAAGACAAAGUCUGCACGGCGCACCUGCAACCCGACCUACAACGAAAUGCUGGUGUACGAUCGGAUCCCGCAGGGAGACUUGAACCAACGUGUCAUCCACCUGCGCGUUCUGGGUGAUGGAGCGUUUUGGGAAAGCACACUACUGGGUGAAGCACUCAUCCCUCUCAAGAGGCUGGUACCAGGUCAACACUGGGUCGACUGGCACCAGCUGGGUCCGGUCCGCUCUGAAGCAGGGCACUGAUCCAGAGGCCUGUCGUUGUAGUCAUCGGCCUUGCAGGAGAAAUGAUGGAGGAACGGUUGGUCACAUGACCACGGGCUGGCCUUCGCUCAUCGCACUACUUGAGGAAGCAACUGACUAAAAAAUGAUUGUCCCCUUUUUAUGACCAGACUUUGGACUUCAGUCCUGGACGCACAAACGCUAACUUGAAGAAUGUGAAUGCAACAUUUUUAUUUGAUGUUGUGAUUUCGAUUUGGAGCGAGUGGUGUGUCAGACUAUCGAGUCUGUUUCCAUAGUUGCCACAGAUGCUAAGUGACGCUAACACGUGAAUGACACUUUUGUUUUGCACUAAAAUAAAACUCUGAUCU